UUUCCAUUUCCUUUCAAAAGUGAAAUUGAAAGCAAGUUCGAUCAUUUCUCUCCAUGAAGUCGGAACACUCGGGGUGUGGGUUCGGUCGACUGAAAUGGGCCUCAGUAGAGAUAUCCCAACAAGAUGUGUCCCGGGGGGAAAGUCUCUAGUAUGGAAUGCAACGAUAGUUCUAAUUCUAAUCAGCUUUGCCUUCCUGUGCCAUUCUCAAACAGCAUUAAAGAUCAUGGAUAGUCCGUCACCUGUUGAAGCGAUCCUGGGACAGAAUGUGACAAUUCCUUGUGUUCUUACUGACAGAGAUCAACCACAGAGGGAUCUGGAUCUGAAUCUGUCUACGGAUUCCGUGCGCUGGGAUAUGAGGCCAUUGAAUGGAAGUGAACAUAAAGUAUAUCUGUUUACAAAUGGCCGCCAUGCACCUUACAGACAAAACUCUAAUGUUGAAGGGACAGGAUUUAAAAGAGGAAAUGCCAGUCUCACCCUGUACAAUGUUCAGCAAAGCGAUGAAGGGAAGUACGUCUGUAAUGUGUUUGUUGCCGGGAACAAGCUCAUAGCAACUCGCAAUGUGGAGGUGUCAGCAAGACCAAUUGUCAAAUUGUCUUCUUACGAAAUCACGAUUGCACCUGGCAAUGAGCAAUCUGUUACAUGUUACGUACGUAAUUUCUAUCCCAAAUCUGUGGAUAUUCGUUGGGAGAAGCGCAGUCACUCCUCUGAAAGGUUCCCCUUGGAUAAAGAAACUUGUACUAGUGUGCCAACACAGGCUGAAGAUGGGACAUUUAAUGUGACCAGCCUGAUGUCUGUGAAGCCAUCGAGCGUAGAGGAAGAUAGAGACCAAUAUUUCUGCAUUGUCACUCACAGAUCCUUUAAGAGUGACCACUUUGUGAGUUUUACUGUUACAGUGAAAGAUACACCUACAAUCGGCUAUCUUCUUGCAAUAAUAAUAAUAAUAAGUAUGGCCAUUGGAAUUUUAGCCAUAGCACUAUUUGCGUAUUAUAAGAAAUUGCGACCGGAGAUUUCGGACAUUGCUGGAAUAGAUGAUUUGUUUCAUGGGCAGAGCUCCAAUCUGUCCUGGAUGGUUUCAGGGUUCAAACCAAGAGACAUUGAGAUCCGUGCUUACCUGGAGAGAGGUGAUCAACGGCAAGAAAUUUGUUCUUGGACAUAUCCACGACCAAAAGUUCAGAAUUAUGGUGUUGUAUAUAACGUGGAGACAGAAAAUGGAAUCAUACUCCUUGAGCAGGAAAAUGAAAAUAAAACUUUUAAUCCAAAGAGGUCAGGCUUAUCCUAUAGUUGCUUUUGUUCUACAAGUAUAACCCCGGACAAAAUGAAAGAUAAAGAGGCCGAACUCAUCAUAGAAGUAAAACACGCGGCUCUGAAAAGACUUCUCACUAAACGGCAGAAACUGAACAUCAAAGGAGAUUAUUUCACAGCUCACAUUACGGCCCCCCAAUGGCUAAAACCCGGGGCAGAGGUGACUCUGACUUGUGAUAUCAAGAAAUGUGAUCCCGACCCUUUAUUCAUUAUUUGGCGGAAAGGGGAAAAAGAUAUAUGUAGAGAUGGGACGAUAGAAGACCCAAGAUAUAAACAUACAGAAAAGAGAGAUGUACCAAAUGAAGGAAAUGUGCUCAUGUCAUCCAGCUCUUUGACGUUCACCGUGAUGGUUAAAGAGGAUCACGGUGUGACGUACACUUGUAUGGUCAUCUAUUCUGCAAUAGGAAAAGUUUUGAAGCCUAGCCUGGAGGCAUUCGUUGCGGCUCAGCCUGUUGUGGAACCGAUUGCCUCCAAACAUGUCGGUCAGCAGAUGGAGCUUUCCUGCAGAGUCCACUCCUUCUACCCCCAAACUAUAAAGAUUAAAUGGUUUAAGGAGGAAGUCGCAUUAACUACAACGGACUCUGAAUUAGAUACUGAUGAAGAUGGUCUGUACAGCACUACAUCCAUUUUGAUGUACGUCCCGGAGAUGGAGGACAUUGGGAAAACCUUCAGAUGUCAAGUUGGCCACCAGAGUCUCCCAAAGGCAGAAACCCGUGAAUUGAAAUUUGAAGAGGACUAUAGAAACGAAUGCCAUUAAAAUCUGAAAGUAGGAAACAAUGAAGAGUAUCUCAAACUGUUUUGCUUUUCAAUGAAAGACGACAGCACCUGAAAAAUCUCCUUGGAGGACGGUGACCAACAAUCGAUGAACAUAAUAAAGAAUCUGCAAUUGCACAAAAAUGGAGGAAAAAGUUUACACACUAAUCUGGGUCACAGUCUAUACAUCUGAGGAAUACUAUGGAUUCCAAGUUGGAUUUUAAAAAAGAACUUCCUAAAUUUUUAUAAAAAAAAAAGUAUUAGCUGGAUUUCCAAUCCUGUUUAAAGCCAGCCAUGGAUGAUGCGAUUUACAUUUUUUCUGCAAUCACUGUCUAUGUUGAUGGGGGAAUCCCUCCCAUGGAGGGGGCAGAGAGUUGUCCCUGCUGGGAGAACACAGUGAAUAAUACACAAUAAUCGCAUGUAAAAAUCUGGCAUGCUAGUUAUACCCAAGUCUAUGGAUGGAUCGACUUGGGUGCAAUCGGCCUGCCCAUAGAUGGAUUGGAUCGCAGCCCAGCUGAUCCAUUGGCCAGCUUAAAGCCUUGUACACACGAUCACAUUUCCAUCGGACAAAUCCUAGGACUUUUGUCCAAAGGGCGU